CAGAAUAAUUAUAAACCCACCUCGUAAGAUUUGACUCCCUUCCUCUUGCACAUUGUCUGGUGGUGGUAAAUACACACCGCAUGGUUCAUCCGUGCGAUUCGCGAGACCACAGAGCUCUGCAGAAAUCGUACGCUGUCUCCUCGAUCCCACUCAGUCCAAUCCCUCGUCAGUUGUUGAAUAGUGAACAGUGAAAUAACAAUACACCCGGCAAAUUCAAAAUUCAACUGUAAAAAUAAGUUCAAAUAUCUAUUAUUCAUGAUAAAUUAUACUUAAUUAAUAUCUCAGCCCGAGUGAUAAUAAUUCUGAUCAAGAAUAAUAACUAUUUAUUGCAGUUGAGCAAUUUAUAGUUUCUCAUUAGAAAAAAAAUGUUUCAAUUGGGGUGAAUUUAUUUUUUAAAUACAUGAAAUAUACCUCUCAUAUAUAGUUUUUAUAAAUUAUUUUUUUAUGAAAAUGCGGGUAAUUGAAGAGUUGAGGUACAUCCACUGAUAAAUCCACUAAAAUCACCGGAGAGACUCUCAUAAUCUCUCUGAAUAUAUCGUCACACGCAUUCCCAAGAUAUCGGAAAGGUGAUUUUUUCUCUCCACAAACGUGCAAACAUUGGAUUCCAUCGGUGUAUCAUCCACCUCAACAAUUAUUUCCAAAGUGAAUUGGUAAUUUUCUUGCACGCAAGUGAUAUUACCAGACGGGCGUUCAUGGCCUUCGGGUUUACACCACAGAGUACUUCUCUUUCAAAGUAAAAAGGAUAGAAAUAGUGGUGCAGUGAUACGGUCAGUGUGAAAAAUUGAAGGAAACUAUGGAGAGUCAGAUUAAGCUAAUAGGUAUUUCCCUGAAAUGCACCUGUUAACGGCGGUGAGAAGUUCAGAAGUCUCGUGCAGCUCAGACGGAAUGGAUGGAAUCGUGCUCGAUAAAUCGACGUGGUUAUUAUCCUCGUGAGUGGCAGGAAACACUGCUGGUCAGGACAUCAUGUUCAACGUUUGCUGGAUUCACUUCUCCUGUCUCUUGUCUCUAGGUGUGCCGUUAGUGACUCAGAGCUCGGCUGCACCAAAUGUUAAACCACUGGAAAGCGAUCGCGAUUACGCAAAGGUAUUGGAGCUGUCAUUGAUGUUCUAUGAGGCCCAGAGAUCUGGUCAAUUGCCGAGAGAUAACAGAAUUCCCUGGCGCGGGAAUUCUGCACUCGACGAUCGGGGACUCAAUGGGGAGGACCUCACAGGGGGUUAUUACGAUGCUGGAGACUUUGUGAAAUUUGGCUUUACCAUGGCAUCGACAACUACUCUACUUGCCUGGGGUGCUGUCAGCUGGCCAGAGGCGUACGAAGCUGCGGGUCAACUCGAUGAAGUUCGCAAAUCAAUAAAGUGGGCCACCGAUUACUUCAUCAAGUGUCACGUCAGUGAAGUUGUCUUUUACGGCCAAGUAGGGGAUUUCUCACUCGAUCACACGUUCUGGGGUAGACCAGAAGAGCUCAAUACAACGAGACCGGCAUUUAAAAUCGAUGCGGAUCAUCCGGGUUCAGAUCUAGCGGGAGAAACAUCGGCGGCCCUGGCAGCCACCAGCAUUGUCUUCAAGACAAUUGAUCCCUCGUACAGUGCUGAGUGUCUCCGUCAUGCCCGUGAGCUCUAUAAAUUCGCCAACACCUAUCGUGGGCUUUACCACGAGUCGAUAAGAAAUGCAGCGCAGUUCUACGAGAGCACCGAUUACGGUGACGAACUGGCCUGGGCCUCCUCUUGGCUAUUCAAAGCCACCAAUGACAGACGAUACCUAGAGGACGCCGAGCAUCAUUAUCACCAUUUUCACUUGAAAGAACGGCCCAAUGAAUUUUUUUACAAUAAAAAAGUCGCCGGUGUUCAGGUCCUCCUGGCACAGCUCACUGGACAGUCUGAGUAUCAGAAUGCAGCUCGUGCCUUUUGCGAUUUUUCCUCUAGACAUCAAAAACGCACCCCAAAGGGUCUUCUCUACAUUGACAAAUUUGGAACUCUCUGCCAUGCUGCCAAUGUCGCUUUCAUCUGCCUGGAGGCUGCCGACUCGCCAGAAAUCGGCGAUUCCGGAGAGUAUCGAGAGUUCGCCAGGCAACAGAUUCAUUAUAUGCUCGGUGGUGGAGGCAGAAGUUAUGUUGUUGGAUGGGGAAUUAAUCCUCCACAACAGCCUCAUCAUGCUGCCUCAAGUUGUCCCAGUUUACCUACCCAGUGUGGUUGGUCUGAGUUUGACCGCGACGCUCCUAAUCCACAGGUACUCUAUGGCGCCCUCGUUUCAGGGCCCGAUGAGGCUGAUAAGUUUCGGGAUCGCCGGGAGGAUUAUGUGUACACCGAGGUUACGCUUGACUAUAACGCCGGAUUUACCAGUGCACUCGCCGGACUUUUGCAACUUCACGUUAAGAAGAGUAAAUGAAAUUUUUUAGAAUUUAUUAGAGAAUAGAUUAAAAUUGCCAAUAGGAAUCCGUAACGAACGCAUUAGAAUUUUUUUAUUUAAUUUUUUCAUCUGUCAUGUGAGUGUAUUCAAACGAAAAAAAAAAAUACGUGGCAAGUGCUACAUGUUUUGAAAAGGAAAAAUAUGCGACAUCGAUCAAGUGUCACGCAUAUUUUUCCACAUGGGUAACAGGUUAUUUUAUGAAGUCCCGGGGCGAAAAAUGGAGUGUAUUUGUACGCUUCGAGCAUGAAAUAUUUUAAGAAUAUUCAGAUAACAGUAGUUGUCAUUUUUCAUUGAUCAGAUUUUCUUAUUCACCAGUGACACGUGUACACGAUCAAUUAAGGUUUUAGAAACUUAGAUGAUAUUUCUUCGCUACUGGCUGUGUAUUAUAUUAUUUAAAAAAUAUUAAACGAGUGAAUGAUUGAUGAUAUUAAUUUGUUACGAUUUUGUCAAUUAGCUCAAAUAAAUGGGAAAUUGGAGAGCAGUCGUACAUGUAAUUGAACUCUGUAUGCAUGAGUUUAAAAUAAAAUGAAUCUAUUCCUCACG